CAGGGAUGCCUUAUAACCCCUUAACCUGAUCAGUUUUCCCUGAUUUGUUCUCUGUCACCAAAAUAAUCAUCACAAUCGACUGGCCCAACCUUUUUUCCGCGGGACAAUCAACCCUUCUUCCCUGGUCAGAAUACUGGACGAUAAGCAUGAAGGAUCAAGCACAGCACAUUCUCAUCUUGCUUAUCUUGGCUGCAAAUUCAAUGGUUGAUAUGAAUUCUGCAACGCGACUUGUGGAACCAAUGCGGCAUAAAGGGAAGGUCAGCGAGGAAAUCGUAACGAUAGCGGAUGAAAAACGUCUUCCUGAACCUCCUGUGACGGAACCUGUGACGAUGAUGUUGAAUGAUCAUGAAGCCAGCUGUAGCGGUGCGAAGGUCGACAAAGAAACGCCUGUUCCCGGAUCUCCUUCUAUUGGACCUGCAACAAUAAUAUUGGACAAGAACCGGAGAAAAUGGUUUCUCAAAUCUCACAUCGAUCAUGUUUCCUGUAGUGUGCUCAACAAAAAAACCCACAGGCCCAUUCUUCAAGAAGUCGACCUUAAGAGGGGUGAAAUUUAUCCUUUGGACGCUGAACUUGAUGAGAAAAUGGCAAUUCAUUACAAGUGGCCGGCUAGACCCAAGAACAUUAAACCGGUGAAAAGAUGGGUGGAAAUAUUGAUGUGUCUGCUCAAUUGCCUAGAAGCCUUGCUUGAAUGA